AUGUCGUUCAAGCUCUGGGGAACAGUGCUAGCUUCGCUGAUAGCUUUUCUCUCGAUGGGUGCUUUCGCUACAUGGCUUUACCAAAAAUGUGCAGACGACACUACAAUUUUGGGUAUUAUUUUUUCGACCACAACUAAACUUACAGCCAACAUUGUUCCGCAAUUAUGGCAUGGAUUCUCCCAACUUUUUGCUGCCGUACGUACUCUCAUAAAGUUUCUAUGGAGACACAAAUGGGUCGUACUUGGCGUAGUUUCCUUCUUUGCUGGACCCACCAUAUAUUUCUUCCGAGAUAGGGUUAUCCCAUUCUGCGACCCAUGGCGAAACAACAACAACCAAUUUGUUACGACAUUGCCUUACUCGCGAUUCAUCUCGGACGUCGCCAUCUACAGCUGUUGUCGCUCUGGCCUUGCCCGUGAUACUGCUAUUCUCAACAUCGUCACAUUCAACAAACUAGCCAAUGUCUCCUUGGAGUUAUCAUCCCCUCUCGUCGAGACCACAGAGCUGGAAACAGCUUACUCGGAAACCAAAUCUGCUUCGGAGUGGAUCGCGGCCGAGACGCGACAGAUCAGCACUCUACCACCAAGUGUUGCAAUGCUACAAGACACAUUGAUGUCCGUUAGUGACUUCAAGUCCACGUUUCUACACUCGCGCGUUCGAAGCUUGACGGAACUCGACAGCAGCCUUCAGGACUUCAAGCGAGAAAUCAAAUAUCGCCGCGACGCAGACGACACCUCCAUCUCAAUAUCACGAACGAUUUCAACCAGAAGUCUCCUGCCAAAACCGUGGUCGAAAGACUUAUCCUACCAACUCAAAACUACAUCUCAAUUCCGAGGGCUUCUCAAUUCGCUUUUCAAAGACGCUUCGGAGCUCCUGGAGCUCGUCCAUACUACCAAAGAGAAAGUUGAAACAAUUGGUGGCUAUAUCGUGUUCCUCCGGUAUCUCAAGCUGGGCGGUCAGAUGCCUAGUGAUCAGAGAAGUCGCUACUUUGAACGGGUCACUGGUGCGCCCGCCAUCGAGAUCCUAGCUUUCGAAGAAAUCAUGAAAGAUUUCAAUCAACCAAACCUCGAGCUCACCAUCUUCAACCUGUUACCACAGCUCAAGUCUGCCAGAAAGACAUUGAAAAAGAUACUCGCUAUUCGAGCUGAAGGCGAUAAAUUGGGCUUGAUGCCUAGUGAGGAAAGAGAAAGAGUGGAGAGUUGGUUGAGUGGUAAGGUAGAGAAUGUGGGUGAUAUCGAACAGGAUCUGGAGACGAGGAUCGAAGUCUUGAAGGAGUUGAAGAUGGAAUUAAAUGUGAUGAAAGCGAGCUUGCCAGUGAAGCGGGCAGUUGAGAGGAAGAAAAGGACUGGAAGCUUUUGA